AUGCGGUCUACAAUACUCCUUGCAUCGAUCACAGUCGCAUCGGCCUUGCAGGCCCUUCCACCAGUGCAAUGGACGCAUUCGAAUCACGGCGCACAUCGUGGACUUGAUAUCGCGACUGUCGACCGCACAAUCUACAUCCAAAACGAUUUUGCAUCGCAACGAGAUCAGAAUGGGCUGACUCUCAUUCGGCCCGCUGCGAUUGAGUUCGCAGACACAUUCCGCCAAGAUCUGGAAGAGGUAACGGGGCAUACCUGGGCCGUACACACUGUCGAUGCUUUCCCGAAACAUCGCUCGGGAAUCUUCCUCGACAAGCUCAAGACGUCCCAUCGGCAGUUGACCUACGAGAAUGGAGACCCCACUGAAGAAGGGUAUGAACUGGAAGUGGAAAGAGAUCGAGUGUUCAUCCGCGGCUCCGGUGCUCGGGGAAUGUGGUGGGGAACACGGACUUUGCUACAAGAGCUAUUGAUGGCGAACAACGGUCGUAUUCCAUCUGGACGGGUGGUUGACGCACCGUCGUUUGCUACUAGAGGCUUCCUGCUGGAUGCCGGAAGAAAGUGGUACUCGCCGUCAUUUCUUAAGGACCUCUGCACGUAUGCGUCGUUCUUCAAGAUGUCUGAAUUCCACUACCACACCAGCGACAAUUACCCGCUGAACCGGGGACAUAACGAGACCUGGCAAGACGUCUACGCGCAGUUUUCCCUGCACCCCGAGAACCCCGAGCUGCAGAAGCUCGUCCAGAGAGCCAACGAGACGCUCUCCCGUGCCGACUACGAGGCCCUUGAGCAUCACUGCGCUCAACGGGGUGUCACUAUCAUCCCCGAGAUUGAGUCGCCUGGCCACUGUUUGUUCAUUACAAAGUGGAAGCCCGAGUUGGCUCUGGAGACCAAAAAAGACCUCUUAAACCUGACUCAUCCGGAUACCAUUCCUCUCGUCAAGUCGAUCUGGUCGGAGUUUCUUCCGUGGUUCAACACGAAGGAAGUUCACAUUGGGGCGGAUGAGUAUGACUCGACGCUUGCGGACGACUACAUCGACUUUGUGAAUGAGAUGGCUCAAUUUGUGAAAGAGACGUCUGGAAAGAAGGUUCGGAUCUGGGGAACAUACGAGCCCUCCGAAACCCGCACCAUCUCCAAGGAUGUCAUUAUCCAACAUUGGCAGUACGGCCAGUCCGAUCCCGUUGCACUGGCCGACGACGGAUACGAAAUCAUCAACUCUGAAGACUGGUGGGCGUAUAUGUCAUUGAAAAAUGACCACAUGCCUAUCCUGCCGGCUCCCUAUCCAUACCUCUUUAAUAACUCGCGGGUGCUCAACUUUGCCAAUAGGGACGGCUGGCAGUGGUCUCCCGACCUCUUCAAUCCAUAUAAUGUUACUGAGCAACCGACGGUGAAACCAGUUAGGGGCGCUAUUUUGGCCGCAUGGAAUGACAACGGGCCUGAUGCAACGACCCAGCUGGAGGCAUACUACGCCAUCCGCAACGGUAUCCCGACUGUCGCGUCCCGCUCAUGGUCUGGAAACCGUGGACCAAAACUCGAUCUGUCUAGCCUGACAUCUUCCAUGAACUUGCACACCUCGAAUGCCGUUGCACAAAACCUCGACCGGAAACUAGAUGGAAACGCCAACAAAACUCACGAAUUGGUCCACUGGACUGCCUCUGCGAAGAACGCAACCGGAGAGAAGAUAUAUCUGGGAUACGGCAGCAAAGGAAUGAAUUACACGCUGGAAUUGGAUGUUGGCGGUCCAUUUAUCCUCUCUUCUGACGACUCAACCCUUUCCUUAUCCUCAGAAGGUGCACUGACCUUCACCUCGGAUGGCUGGGACUAUCCCCUUCGCUCCGUGUCUGAAACGGACGGCUUCGAGGCAGGCUACCCAGGCCGAAUCUGGGCAAACGAGAGCUCGUCUACCCACGAACCUGUCGCCGUCCCAUUGAAGAGCCAUAUUACCAUCCGGACCGACAUUAUCGGCGGCAGUCGUGUCUGGGUGAACGGGCAAUUCGCUGGCCGGUUCGAAGUAUUCGUCUUUGGAGGCAAGAACACCCUGUUCUCAUGGAGCCAGAUGGCAUUUGUUGCCCCUCUCCAGUGGGUGCAAGGGCAAUUGAAUAAAUUGCGUCUGGGUGGAUACAGCGGGGCAGCAUUAGCCGGCCUGACUUAUACAUACCAGAUUCCUUUAACGGGAAGAAUAGCAACUCAGCUUGUUUAUAACCAGGCAAUGUCUACAAUUCCCCUUCAUGAUGGGGCCGCACCACCAGUGGGAUGGGAACAGCCAGUGAACAACAACUCGGCUUCGGGCGGCUACAACUGGGGCUACUUCGUUGCGCAAUCGGAACAUGUGAACCGAUACAACUACGCCGUGAGCGGUGCCGUGUGCUCAAACAAAAUCACACCGCGGACAUUCUCCACCAUCAACGCACCAUUCCCAUCCGUGUUGGAAUACGAAGUCCCAGCCUUCCUGGCCGACAGCAGGUACACGACCCCAUCUGGAAGGAAAUUCCUCGACAUCCCCUCGCAGGAAACAGCCUACGCUAUCUGGAUCGGGACCAACGAUCUGGGAGAAAAUGCCUUCCUGACUGACUCCCAGGUUGCUGGGAAGACGAUUCCGGACUACGCCAAUUGCAUCUACGAGGCUCUAGACCAGGUGUACGGAAACGGUGCACGGUACUUCGUCAUCAUGAAUAAUGCACCUCUACAGCUGGCGCCCAUGUACGCGACCCUCGAGAAUGGGGGCACUGGGAAGUCGCCGUAUUGGCCUGAUAAGCCCAGUAACGAUACACUCUACAGCUACCGUAUGUGGGAACAGGUGGCCACCGUCAACCAGGUCUUUGAGUACAAAACGCCGUUUGAGGUGAUGGUUGCACGGCGGUACCCUGGAGCUCAUUUUGCCGUUAUGGAUAUGUAUGGCCUGCUGUCUGAUAUAUACUAUCAUCCCGUGAAGUACUUCCAUGGUCCGGCGAAUGUGACUGGGUAUAUCAAUCACUGCAAUACCUCCGGCGGAGACUGUGUACGGCUCCCCGAUGAAGAUUCCUUCAUGUGGUACGACACGCUGCAUCCGUCUGAGCAAACCGAUAAGUUCAUCGCCGAGGAAUUUGUGCAAGUGGUCAAGGGGAAGAGCAAAUGGGCGACGUACUGGUGA